AUGUUCGUCUCCGUCCUCGACUCUCGCAUCUUCCGAAAUACGUUCGGCACCCAGGCCAUCAGAGACAUCUUCAGUGAUGAAGCCUAUGUCAAGAACCUCAUCGAAGUUGAAGCUGCACUGGCUCGAGCAGAGUCAAAGACCGGUGUCAUACCAGCAGAGGUAGGUCCUUCUCUGACAAAGAGCCUAGCUCGAGUUCAAAUCGAUUUCGGAAGACUUGCGAGAGAGACCGAUGUCGUAGGCUACCCUGUGCUGCCGCUGAUACGACAGUUGGCCGAGCAAAGUCCCACGGACACCGCCAAGUAUAUCCAUUGGGGUGCUACCACUCAAGACAUCAUGGACAAUGCCGUGAUGCUACAAAUCAGAUCUGGCAUCAGACUCGUCCGGCAAGAGAUGCUUCAAUUCGUAAGAUGCCUAGCAGACCUAGCCAAGCAGCAUAGAGAUACUCCCAUGGCAGGUCGUACCCACCUCCAACACGCCCUACCAGUCACCUUCGGCUACAAAUGCGCAGUAUACCUGUUCCCCUUCCUUCAACACAUCGACCGCCUCAAAAACGUCGAGCAGAACAACCUCCUAGUCCAGUUCGGUGGUGCCGCCGGAACCCUAGCAUCACUCGGCCGAAAUCCACAAACAGGUCUCCGAGUCCGCGCCGCCCUAGCCAGAGAACUCGACCUCCUCGAGCCUCCCAUAACAUGGCAUGUCGCCCGAGACACAAUAGCCGAAAUCCUCAAUCUCCUCGCUCUGAUCGGCGGCUCCCUCGGCAAAAUCGCAUACGACCUCAUCAUCAUGUCGAGCAACGAAUUCGGCGAAGUCUCUGAACCCUUCGUCCCACAUCGAGGCGCCAGCUCGACAAUGCCGCAGAAGAGAAACCCUAUCUCAUCUGAGAUCAUCCUCGCCGCGUCCAAGCUGUUGCGUGAGAAAGCGUCGUUAGGCCUCGAUGCGAUGGUGGCUGAUUUCGAGCGUCAGUCCGGUCCAUGGCAUCUUGAAUGGGCUGCUGUGCCGGACGCUUUCACUAUCGCUGUUGGUGCACUUCAUCAAGCGAACUUUGCGCUUGGAGGACUAGUUGUUAAUAAAGAUGCCAUGUUGCGUAACCUCUUGUCCAGUAAAGGCUUAGUUGUGGGUGAGGCUGUGAUGAUGGGCCUUGCACCACAUAUUGGGCGUGGUGAGGCACACGAUGUUGUGUAUGAUGCGUGCAAGACGGCGAUAGAGAGUGACAAGGCGCUCUUCGAUGUGCUCGCAGCCAACAACGACAUCAUAAGCAAAGUCUCCGCUGACGAGUUGAACGGAUUCUGCGACCCUCUGAAUUAUCUCGGUGCCAGUCAGCUCCAGGUCGACGAAGUCACAAAGCUGGCAGCUCAGUACGUUGCGACCUGA